GCGUGAAGAAAAUUGUGAGAACCUUAGUCAACAAAUGGAUCUUUUGAAGAAAUAUGAAGACACACAUCUUGGUGGCUUCAGGUAAAUUUUAUAUAUUACACACACGUAUAACAUUUGGGUACCAAGAUUCUUUAUAUACCAAGAGAUUUACACCUUAUAUUCAUAGUUAUAGAAUGUACCCUCUUUUUUCAGACGUGUUUAUCCUAACGGAAAUGAAGAAAAGUACGAGAAAUAUUUCGAGAAUAGUGGCUCUCUUUUCCAAGAAACGACCGCGUCCAAAGCCAGGACAGAAUGUUCAAGGUUUGCUACAUUCAUUGAUAUUAUAUGGUUAAUUUAUUAGUUGCCUGAUUGAGUGUAUAACUGAUUGUAUGUUGAUCGAUUGUACAGUUCAUUGGUUGUUUCUAUCAUUGAUUGGUUCUAUACUUAUUUGACUGAUUGAUUUAUACAUUUUAUUGAUUAUAACUAAAUGACUGAUUGUACCGUACAAUUCAUUGAUUGUCAUCGAUUCAUUGAUUGUACAAUACUGUACUUUGAUUAUAUUUGAUUGGCUGUAUAAUUCAGUGAUUAUGUAAUUAAUGGAUUGACUGAUUGAUUGGCCAAAAACCUUCUAAUCUUCUUGUUUUCUCAAACAUAUGAAGCUUUUGCAUGUAGUCAUUCUAAUUCAUGAUAAUCUGGUUGUUAUAUAUGAUGGUUACCAUCAAUUUGUUUCAUAAACACAAGUGUUUCACUGUUUGUUUCAUAUUCUGUAGGAUCCAAAGAGAACAGAUCCUUGCGAAGAAACAAGAGAUCGAAACGAUGCGUGCCAAGAACUCGGGACGCAAGCCAGUGCAACGUGAUGGCCUUAGACCUGAGAGUGCAAGCACGGUGAAGAAGACAAUACGAACGACGGCAAAGAAAACGCAACAUAAACAAGAGGUAUUCUGUUAAAGUGCACCUAACCUCC